CGCGGCCGGCUUUGGAAAGGCCCCAAGUGAAUGAGGCGCGCGCCGGCGGCAGAGCGCCUCUCGGAGCUGGGCUUUCCCCCGCAGCGCGGGCGCCAGGAGCCGCCUUUUCCGCUGGGUGUCACUCGGGGGUGGGGGGUAUGGCCCAUUCAAAAGCGCCGCGAGGGGGCCCGGCCAGUGCCCUUCAGUGAGCGCUCGCAAGAGGACGGCAGAGGCCCGGCGGCUCGCAGCUCCGGGACCUUGAGGCGCAUCAGGACGCGGCUGCCCUGCUGCCCGGACCCCGAGCCGCCGCCGCCGCCGCCGCCGCUCUGCUUUCUGCGCGUUAGCCUCCUCUGCGCGCUCCGGCCCGGAGGCCGCGGGAGCCGUUGGGGCGAGGACGGCGCGCGGCUGCUGCUGCUGCCCCCGACCCGGGCGGCUGGAAGUGGAGAGGCCGAGCCGAGCGGCGGCGCCCCCUAUGCCGGGAGGAUGUUGGAGAGCAGCGGCUGCAAGGCGCUGAAGGAGGGGGUGUUGGAGAAGCGCAGCGACGGGCUGCUGCAGCUCUGGAAGAAAAAGUGCUGCAUCCUCACCGAGGAGGGGCUGCUGCUCAUCCCGCCCAAACAGCUGCAACACCACCAGCAGCAGCAGCAACAGCCCGGGCAGGGGUCGGUCGAGCCGUCCCAACCCGGAGGCCCCGCCGUGGCCGGCCUCGAGCCGCCGGUCAAGCUCAAGGAAUUGCACUUUUCCAACAUGAAGACCGUGGACUGCGUGGAGCGCAAGGGCAAGUACAUGUACUUCACGGUGGUGAUGGCUGAGGGCAAGGAGAUCGACUUUCGGUGCCCGCAGGACCAGGGCUGGAACGCGGAGAUCACGUUGCAGAUGGUGCAGUACAAGAAUCGCCAGGCCAUCCUGGCGGUCAAGUCCACGCGGCAGAAGCAACAGCACUUGGUCCAGCAACAGCCUCCGCAGCCGCAGCCGCUUCAGCCCCAAAGCCAAGCCCAGCCGCAGCCUCCGUCCCAAGCCCAGCCGCAGCCCCAGCCCAAACCCCAGCCGAAGCCGCAGCCGCAGCCGCUUCAUCCAUACCCGCAUUCGCACCCGCACCCGCACCCGCACGCGCACCCACUGCCGCACCCGCACCCACCGCCGCUCUCGCAGGCGCACGGCCACCGGCUCCUCCGCAGCACCUCCAACUCGGCCUGAAGAGGGCAGCACCCGGCCCGGACGCGGUAAGGUUUUGGGGACUUGAGGAAGCGGGACGAGCACCUUUCUAUUGUCUUCACUGGAUCGAGAACAAGUCUCCCCGCCGCGCACCAAAUCAAGUAGUUUGAACAGAACCCGACUGAUAACUCGUGAUUCCACUUAUUUUCUGCAUACUCUUCUUCACAAUGCAGGAAAGAUUUUGAGUCCAGAAGGCUUUAUUUAUGAACCUUGGAGAGGAUCUUCCAGUAUGAUGGACCUUCUAGGAGGGAUGAUGUACUGUAAUUUUAUUUUAAUGUAUUUUGACUCAUUAUUUAUUAGUUUGUUUUUUUUUUAAUGCUUGUUCUGAGACAUUUCUGAAUGUAGGCCAUUUUCCAGAAAAGAAACUUUAUUUUCGAAAACCUAUCCUUAGUAAGUUGUAGUCUUGGGAAAGAAGAAAGAAAAAAGGGGGUACAGAGGAACACAAGAAUUUAUUCAUUAUUCCUAGGGCAUUUUCAGAAGGUCUGACACUUCAUUGUUACACCAGGUGGUUGAAAUUAAACUCUGUGAUAUUAUGUGGGGUUUUCGUUCUGUUUUUUUUUUUUAAUUAGUUUUUUUCUCCUUAGACAUGUAUUUUGUGUAGAACUUUUAAAGAAGUUAAAUGUUCAGAAUGGUGUAAUUAUAAAAAUCUAAUUGCUUUUCUAAAAGGAAAUCAGUAGUAAUGGUAUCUAAUUCAAAAUAUUUAAUACAUAACCCAGUUGAUGGCAAGAUGACUGUAUCCUGAAUAUACAGGAGAACUUGGUCUGCUGUAGGAAAAGCCUUGCUUAGAUUGUCUUUGUGUGGAGAUUUAAUAAUGAGUUUUCUAUGAUUUCAGAGUAUGAAUGCAUUAGAUGUUUCAUUUCAAAAAACGGGUAGUGGGGGUAAAGACUUAUUCCAGUUGUUUGAGAGAACAUUUGUGCUCUUAUCCACAGUAGAAGUUACCCUUCUUCAAGAGCUUGGCACACUUGAUGUGAACCGCAUUUCCUGGCCUUUCUUCUACUUUGUUCUAGAAGCAUAUUCUAGAAUCUCAUAGUUUAAAAUACAAUUUCUAAAUGUUUCAAAGGACUGGGAGUCAUAGCUUUUUGUUUUCAUUCUGAGAAUGUUGACCAGAGACACCAACUGUUUUGCUCUUUAUCGCUCAGUGAGAAAUCCAAGGGUUAUAUGUUUUGUUGUUAGGUUAACUAAACUCAGAAAUUGAAAAAGGAAGGACUGGAUAAACACUGGAUUUGCAGUAAGAAAACAACCUAGUCUUGUUUUAGCAGCAACUUUCAGGAGUCCGGGGGUUGGGACGGUUGGGGGAAGAGGAUGUGCUUUUAAAGGUAGAACAAACCCUCUUCUGUGUGAAAUGAAAAGGAUGGUCAAAAUCCACAAGUGCAGAUGCUACUUCAGUUUAAAAAAGAGCCAUAGAUGCUACCAAAUCUUCUUGGGGCUGAAAAUCACUUCCUAUCUUUCAUGGGUUUACUAACAGCUCUGUUUUCCAUUUUCGUUUUCACAUCGUCUUGAUCAGGAUUUUUCCAGCUUCUAAAUUGGAAUGGUCAGCGUUAGGCCACUGCUAAGUUGUAUAGUCAGGAAGUGAAAAUAGAAUUUCAUGCUAGAGGCACCUUUAUUCUCCCUCCAUCUAAAAAGGAGUUUGAAGGUCAAAUUGCUUCUCAGUGUGAUAUUUAAAUGAUGAAAAUUUGAGAUCCAAAGAAGUGGUGAAAAAUAAAAUUCAACCAAGGGGCAAGCAGAACUUAUGUGGGCUCCCACUUCAAGGCGAAGUUGCAGUUUCGGGGGGGG